CUUUGAUCCCACGAAGAAGAGGAAGGAGACAAGGAACAAGAAAAAGAUGGCGCGGAAGUAAACAAAGGUCCCGUCCUCGUGAUGUUUGAAGAAGUUUAACUGUGAGAAACUGAAGGAUGUCGGGGCGGGGGGGCAGGAGGACGAUAAGCUUCAGUGUGGAGGCCGUCGGCAUAAACCGAGGAGAGAGUCUGCCUCCAUCCAUCCAGCAACCCACACCUGUGUACCCUGUGAUGGAGCAGAAGCCCCUCCCCCUCUCAGGUGGGGAGGAGGCGGAGUAUCUGCUGGCUCUGAAGCAGGAGUUCAGAGGAGCCAUGAGGAGCCUCCCUCACUACAUCCAUCCUGCGGUGCAGAGAGGAGAUGUGGAGAGAUACUCUGAUAAAUAUCACAGCAGCGAGCCGGCCGACACAGACUGGAGCCCAGACUGGAAACUCUUCCCCAAAGAGCUCAGAGCCAAGAGACCCUCCAGAGGAGUUUCAGCUGCAGGCACUCACUGCACUCUGCAGACAGAGGGACAGAAGAAGAAGAAGAAGAAGAAGGAGGAGGAAGUCCUGCUGACCCUGGAGACUCUGCAGAAGAAGGAGCAGCAGAGCUCUGAGGAGGAGGAGGAGGAGGAGGAGGGAGAGGAGGAGGAGAAGAAGAAGAAGAAGAAACAGGAUGAAGAGGAGGCCGAGGCAGAAGAGGAGUACGAUGAGGAAGAGUUUGAGGAGGAGACAGAUUACAUCAUGUCGUACUUUGACAACGGAGAAGAGUUCGGAGGAGACAGUGACGAGAACAUGGACGAGGCUGUUUACUGAACACACACACACCGUCCAGAAAAACUUUUAAAACUGUGUGUGUGUGUGUGUGUGUGUGUGUGUGUGUGUGUGGCGGUUCUUUGAUUUUAUACGUCUGAAGGGUUUGUUAUAUUCUGUAUCUAAUGUGUGAUGCUCGUUGUUUGUAGUAAAAUAAAGUGCAGCGUCAUGAA